AUGCUGCGGCGAGCUGUAGAGGUGGCAGAUGCCUACUUUCCGCCGGAUGCAGGCCUUUCCCGGCGCACUUUGCUGAGCGCCAUGUGGCAAAUUUUUCCACAGGUGCAGAACGCGAAGAGUGCUGCGGCCCGGACCCAUUUCGAGCUGCAGAACUUUGACGAGGCUUUGGCUAUGGCUUCUGCAGUCCUCCAAGCCUCAUCGACAGCGGAUGCGCAGACCAAUGCGAGUCUGAUUCAGGGCGCGGUGCAGGUUGUGACAGGACGCGGCAAGGCUGUCAGCUUCGACGAGCUGUCGUCGCCAGAUGCCAAGUGCAUAGCAUGUCUCAAUGAGAUCGUUGGUGAGACUGUCACUGACGAAGGCUCUGGUGCUCCACCCACUGCUUCGAGACUGGAGGAUUCGCCUCUUGCGGGCAUUGUGGGCCUCAGGGAAGAUGACAUUGAGAUUUCGGCUCCAAGCCGCUUGGUCCUGCGCUGCACCUUGGGCGAGCUGGCGGCGCGUGGAGGUGUAGACGAGCCGUGGGUGCGGCAAGCCCUUGUUGCAGCUCUGCAGGACUUUGACACUGUGCAGCCGACAGAUCCAACUUUGCGGCCUCUCGUUUUCCGAGCUCUCACAGCCCUAGCAGCGGUCACAAAUCAGAAGGGUGAUGCUAUCACUGCGGAAGGACUUUUCCACACAGCCUUGGAUCACGCGGGCAAGUACAAGAUUCCUGGGCAGCGCGCUCAGACUUGGAGGUCGUGGGUUUCGGAGGGCUUCGCGAAGAUGCUGUCCGAAGGCCGCCAUGCCGAGCAACGGAAGAAAGAGAUCGAGGCGCUGCAGGCGGAAGUGGGGGACUCCUCAUUGGCGGUUCAGCGUUGGGCUUUGCUGUACGUUCCGCCACCUGUGCUUUCAGGCGGCCUACUGGUCACGCAAAUGCUGACCUUUGCUUCACUAGCGCAGAAGCCGCAUGUGAUAUUGGAGGGGAGCCACGCUUUACAGAACCUGCACCGGGACUGGAAGGAGACCUCCUUGGUGGACACUUGCAUUGCGGGCUGUGUUGGCCGAAAACGUGCCUGGCUUGCCCCCGAUGAAGUUACACCGCGCGAGGGCGACAGCUCUCGACCGGCCUUGGACUUGGGUUGGCUACGGCCACUGAGGGGUUUGCCAAACGAAGAUGCCUGGCAAGCCAUGGAGGCACAUGCUCAGAACCCAAAUGUCUGCGGCGGAGCCAUGGACAUCACUCCUGGUAUGUUUGUCUUCAUUCCCCAUGGUUGGUGGCACGCCCUGCGGCCGCUGGAUGAUGUGACCGUCAUAACUGGGCCGUCGAAGCUUUCCCACCACUACCACACAGAAGAGGCGGGAACAACAUGA